CUGGUUGCACCAUGUUUCUGCAAUUUUACUACUGUACAACCACUUACUUGGUGCCGGUGGUGCAACAUAGCUGUAUCAUUCCUCACCAAAGGAAUAAGGUAGCUGUGUUGUGUGACCAUGGCAUCAGCCCCCAGGCCCAGCAAGACGUGGAGAGUGCAAUCGUACCUGGAACAACGAGACAGAGAAUGGCCUCACGAGGGGAAACAUGUUCUGGCACAGUACGAUGAGGAGACUGUGGUAGUCUAUCAGGCUUACUGUCCGGAGAUAGCAGAUUACGCUGUCAAGCAUCAAUGCUUUGGUGGUGGUAAAUUCUCGUACAGUCGUAUGUCGUGGAUCAAGACCAACUUCCUGUGGAUGAUGUACAGAGCUGGCUGGGCCACCAAGAGUCGUCAGGACAGGAUACUGGCUGUGUGGCUCAAGAGGGAAGGAUUCGAUCAGAUACUCUCCUUAGCUCUGACCGGACAUGAUGAAAAGGAGAAAGGGGCUAAAAGAUCACCAGUACGACUCCAAUGGGACCCAGACCACACCCCCUCUGGUACUUGUGAGCAAAGGAGGGCUAUUCAACUUGGCCUGAGGGAUGAGGUGCUGGCAUCAUAUGGCAAAGAGUGGAUUGUACAGAUCAAAGAUGUGACUGAGUUUGUGAACGAACAGUACGAACAUGUGAAGAAGAACCAACUGAGUGAACUGAAGGUUGCCGAGGAGAGGGUCUAUCCUGUCACCAACACAGAGACAGCUGCUCAAAUAUAUGUGGACACUCUCAAAUAAAUUAUAUGAACACAUACCCAAAAAUUUGAACUAGCGAGUGCCUGUUGAAUAAUAAUCAUUUCUUGGAAAUUGUGAUAGUUUUUGUUCCAGUGCACUUUCAUAACGUUUCCUCCUGUUUUCUUUGUAUACCUCCAAUCUUCGUG